UUUAGAAUGGAUGGUGAAAUUUUACCUCCACUUUAAAAUAGCACAUUUGCCAGUGAUCAUGAUGAUGGCUAAUUAAUUUCAAAGACUGGUUCCCUGACCUUUUAUAUUUGGUUCAGAGAUGCUGUAUGUUUCAAGGGAGAACAGAAGCUUAUAAACAGAAAAUGGAGUUUGAAUUCCUGUUUGUACUGUUGUUAUUGCUGACCAAUAGUUUGUAUACAGAAACAAAACUGACCAAAGAACAACCUCUUAUAAUAAAAGAUAGUGGUGUAACCAAUACUGAAAUAGGAAGCAUUGCUUUAGUGGUUUAUGUGAAUGUUAAAAACCCAAGACCAUCAGCUGUUGAUGUAGAAAUCUUAGUAGAAAAAUGUUGUAUCGAUGAAGGAAAGAAAGAUGACGACUGUGGAAUAAUGAAGGUUUAUGGUGGUUAUAUAGGACAAAUCAAGACAAGAGAAACAAAGACUACAACUUUUAUAUAUCCCACACAUUAUCCACAUGAAAUGGCUGGUAAUUGUAUUCUGUUCCUUAAAGCAGACAACUUUACACAGGUUUUGCAGAUUACAUUCAACACUACAUUGGAAUACGAGAAACCUGUGUCAUUCUUACCUGAAUUUGUUAAUGAAUAUUUGUUUGACAUUCGUAUACCCCACAAAUGUCCUUCACCUGAUGAGGACAGAUUUCAUCAUUGUUCUCCAGUAUUAUGUGAUAUGAAGUACCAUGGCCAUCGUAACUACUUUAAUGAGACGAGCAGGCUGUGUACACCAUUGCCAGACUGCCCUGGGAGUGACAUGAACCCACCCGCUAUGGUGUUUGAUAUUGAGCGUAAUUCCUGUAAGAAUGUAGCUAGACCUAAGUUUAUGACUAAGGAAGAAAAGAAACUGUUGUCAGGGAAACACGAUUAUCAUGCUGACUAUGAAGAAGUGGAUUGGAUGACUGAGAGAAGAAUGGCAUGUAACCAUGGGAUACUGUUACCAAAUAAAAGUUCCUGUCUCUGUAACCCAGGCUGGGAUUCAUUGGUUCUCCCUGACCAGGAGAUACAUAACAGAAGAUUACAGAUGUGUAACAAGGGAAGGAAAGGCUACUGGAAACAUGUCCUAGUGGGAGUUGCAUUAUCAGUGACGAUUAUUGUCCUGCUCCAUAUCUCCAACCAUAAACGUCGGAAAGAUAAACAGAAACGAUACAGAGAACUGUCACCUGACAUAUCUCCUGUAAAGGCAGGAUUCUUUCAGUCACUACAUGACGAUUACAAUCCAAAAGGUGUCAAAAAUCAAAAUGUACUGACCAUUGAUAUUGAUUUUGAAGACGACUCCUUUGAAGUGUAUGAUAUUGAGAAGAGAGGAAGAAUAAGUCAAUUUUUCCACAGGAUCUAUCACAGGUUAAUACCUGCCAAAAAGGACAACAUUGAUUUUUCAAUGGAAGAAAUAAAUGUAGGAACAACCCUGCUGUCACCAGUAUCUAUGGAUGCUGACUAUGAAUUUGAUUGAAGUUAACUGAGUUGAGAGAAGAAACGAAUGGAUUUGUAUACAUAAGAAGUUAUUUCCCCUUGUUACUGAACUUUACUAUUAUAUUGUUGAUUCGUUAUGUUGAAUUGUCAUGUUACAUUAUAUGUGUUCAAUAUUAUGUUUAGCUCACCAUUAUCAUGAACAUUAUGGAUAUAAAAAUGUUAAAUUUGGAACGUUUGCUAUUACUAAAUGAUAUACUAUAUUAGACAAUAUGUGUUAAUAAAGCUUUCCUUUUUAUUUUAUUUGUUAUAUAUAUGACAUUAUCUUAUUACAUUAAUAAAUAGGUUCAAAACAGAAACAAAUACCAAAAAAAUCCAACAUAAAAAUAGCAAUUACUUAAAAGGAUUAAUCAAGAAAAGAAGAAACAAGAAAAAAUAUGUCUUUUCUUCUUAUUGUCUUAUUAUAGAUAUUGUUUAAGAUUAAACUUUUUUUAGUUUAAAAGAUGGAAACAUUAAUUAAGUCACAUUAUGUCGCUUCUUUUGAAGGUUAAUUUUACCAUUUGAUAUCUGUUGUUUUAAGAAGAAGAAAUGUGUUAGGAGACAUAAUGCAAUAUUGUUUUCCUUGUUUUUAUGGUUUAAUUCAUUUAAUGUGAGGAAUAAUCUUGAGAGAGAAACAGAUGUACAAAGAAAUAGUAUUGUUAUCAUUGUUAUCAUGAUUUAUAGAUUAAACAUAAAACACUUAUUGUCAAUAUUGUAAUAUAACAUUUUAAUUUUUCACACCAUUAAAUUCCACUGAAGUUUACUUUCACUGUUA